ACCCGUAUCUGCGAUGCGUCGAGGUUCAAAGAACUCGGCCUCGAUAUAAAGGAAUUUGCGUAUUGCGACAAGUCAUUGCCCUUCCAGGUUAGGGUGAAGGACUUGGUGGACCGGAUGACGCUGGAGGAGAAGGCCAAGCAGCUCGGAGACACGGCCACUGGCGUGGAGAGGAUCGGCCUGCCCAAGUACGAGUGGUGGUCGGAGGCGCUGCAUGGCGUCUCCGACGUUGGCCAGCCCGGCAGCAAGGGCUCCUUCUUUGACGACGAAAUCCCCGGCGCCACCAGCUUCCCCACCGUCAUCCUUACCGCUGCUUCUUUCAAUGAGUCCCUCUGGAAAACUAUCGGCCAGGCCGUUUCAACAGAAGCAAGGGCUAUGCACAAUUUCGGGCAUGCUGGAUUGACAUUUUGGAGUCCAAAUAUCAAUGUCGUGAGGGAUCCUAGGUGGGGAAGAACCUUAGAAACUCCUGGCGAAGACCCUUUUGUUGUUGGAAAAUAUGCUGCAAACUACGUUAGAGGCCUUCAAGAUGUUGAAGGCACUAAUCUCACAGCAAAUUUGAACACUAGACCUCUCAAGGUUGCUGCAUGUUGCAAGCAUUAUGCUGCCUAUGAUGUUGACAAUUGGCUUGGAGUUGAUAGAUAUCAUUUUGAUUCAAGGGUGACCGAACAAGAUAUGAAAGAGACUUUUCUUAGACCUUUUGAGAUGUGCGUUAAAGAAGGAGAUGUAACCAGUGUAAUGUGCUCAUAUAAUCGUCUUAACGGCAUACCUACUUGUGCUGAUCCGCAACUUUUGAAAGGCAUCAUCAGAGGUGAAUGGGAUCUUCAUGGGUACAUAGUUUCAGAUUGCGAUUCAAUUGAAGUCAUGGUAGAUGGCCACAAAUGGCUUGGUGACUCUCCAGAGGAUGCUGUUGCACAAACAUUAAAAGCAGGCUUGGAUUUGGAUUGUGGGUAUGCCAUUGGCAGUUACUAUGGCAACUAUGCAGCCAGUGCAGUGACACAAGGGAAGGUCAGAGAGGCAGAGAUAGACAAAGCCCUCAACAACCUUUACCUUGUGCUAAUGAGACUUGGCUACUUUGAUGGAAGCCCUCAGUAUGAAUCCCUUGGCAAGUCCGAUGUUUGCUCCAUUGAACACAUCAAAUUAGCAGCUGAAGCAGCAAAGCAAGGGAUUGUUCUUCUCAAGAACAAUGAAACUUUGCCUUUGAGCUCUGGUGAAAUGAAGACCAUUGCAGUUGUAGGGCCUCAUGCCAAUGCCACCGAAGCCAUGAUCGGGAACUAUGCAGGUGUCCCUUGUCGAUUCAUGUCGCCUAUUGAUGGCUUCUCUACAUUCAGCAAAGUAAAAUACGAAAUGGGUUGUGCUGAAGUCGCUUGCAAGAAUGACAGCUUCAUAUUCGCGUCAAUGAAAGCUGCAAAGAACGCUGAUGCUACCGUGAUCGUGGCGGGACUGGACUUGUCAUUUGAGGCUGAGAGCUUGGACAGAGUUGAUUUGCUACUUCCAGGCUACCAAACUCAAUUGAUUAACCAAGUUGCUAGUGUCGCCAAAGGCCCUGUCAUUCUUGUGAUCAUGUCUGCUGGUGGAGUUGAUAUUUCUUUUGCUAAGGAGAAUCCAAAGAUCGGUGCAAUCUUAUGGGCUGGAUAUCCUGGUGAAGAAGGCGGUCUAGCCAUAGCAGAUGUUGUAUUUGGGAAGUACAAUCCUGGUGGAAGACUGCCUCUAACAUGGCAUGGAGCCGACUAUGUUGACUUGUUGCCGAUGACAUCCAUGCCAUUGAGGCCAGUCGAUAGCUUGGGCUAUCCGGGCAGAACAUACAAAUUUUUUAAUGGCUCCACAGUCUAUCCCUUUGGGUAUGGACUCAGUUACACCCAAUUCAACUACACUCUUAAAUCUGCUAAGAGGCUACUCAAUAUCAACCUACACAAGUUGCAACACUGUCGUGACGUGAACUAUAGUGCUGGCGCUUUCAAGCCUGCCUGUCCUGCAGUUCUAGUCGAUGACUUGGAGUGCGAGCAUAACAACAUUGAGUUCGAGGUUGAGGUUAAGAAUUCAGGAAAGAAGGAUGGCAGUGAAGUUGUGCUGGUUUACAGAACUCCCCCAGAAGGUCUUGCAGAAGCCCCUUUGAAGGAGUUGAUUGCCUUCCAAAGAGUGUUUGUGGCUGCCGGAAAGAGUGAAACUGUCAAGUUUGUGUUGAAUGCUUGCAAGAGCUUUGGCACUGUGGAUUACAAGGGGUACCAACUUUUGCCUGCUGGGAGGCACACUAUUGUGAUUGGAGAUGCUGCUGCUUCGUUCCCAGUUAACAUUAACUUGCAAAAAUAA